CUAAUACCCAACUGCCCUAGGAAUUUUGAGAAUCGAUAAGUUCACCAGAUAAUCGAUAUUAUCAAUGAAGUCACUUCAUUAAUGUCGUCUCCCUACCGUAGGACAGAAAUUCGUUUAUUUUAGUCUUUUAAUAGGGAAUAGUUGUAAUUUUAAGCUAUGACAACUCCUCAAGUGAUGCGUAUUAUGGCUUUGUCCAUCAACACAGCAGCGCGUGCUGGUUCAAUAAUUCGAGAAGUGAUGCAGCGCGGAAAUCUCGGCAUAGUGGAGAAGGAGGGCAAAGACGAUCUGCAAACCGAAGCUGAUCGUUCAGCACAGCAAUGCAUAAUUGCAUCACUCUCACGAAAAUUUCCAAAUGUUAAAAUUAUCGGUGAGGAAGGAGAUUCCAACUUAGAUGUGAAAGACGAAUGGCUAAUCUCAGAGGAAAAUGAAGAGUUUCUCACUCACAAAUGUCCUGAAGAUUUGCGAGAAGUUAAAGACGAGGAUUUUGUAGUAUGGGUAGAUCCAUUAGAUGGCACUUCCGAAUAUACACAAGGCUUAUUAGAACAUGUCACUGUGCUUAUUGGUGUAGCCAUUAAAGACCGCGCUGUUGGAGGAGUCAUAUACCAACCAUACUACAAGCAAACAAAUGGCAGUAUAGGUCGAACUAUCUGGGGUCUUAAAGGUUUGGGAACGGGGGGAAUCGAGCCAAAGACUGCGGCAAAAGGACAAAUGAUUAUUACAACAACACGUUCACAUUUAACCCCGUUGGUGCAACAAGCUCUCGAUGCGCUAUCACCAACAGAAGUGAUCAAAGUUGGCGGUGCUGGGUUCAAAGUUCUACAACUGUUGGAGGGCAAGGCUCAUGCUUAUGUGUUUGCUAGUCCUGGUUGUAAGCGUUGGGACACUUGUGCCCCGGAGGCUGUGCUCGAAGCUUGGGGUGGUACUCUCACAGACCUAGCGGGCAUUCAUUACUCUUAUGCAGCAAAUGUAGAAUUCAAAAAUCGAAUGGGUGUAUUAGCUACCAUUCCAGAGAUUUCACAUUCCGAUAUUGCAGGUAAAGUGCCAAAAGAAGUUUUGGAGGCCUUGCGCACAUAAAACUUACAACAAUUGAUUGCUAAAAUCCAGGCAAUUUUAUUGUGGAUGUAAAACAAUUUGUUGCUUUGAAUGGUCAUGCAUAUUAUAAUCUAACUGUUAAGCAUAAUAAAAUUGUUGCUCUAGUUAAA